GCAGGAAGGGGUAUAGGACUAGUAAGCCUUUUAUGCAUGAAUGCAACUUAGUGAGACGAGUGCGCUAGAUCUUAUGGGCUACGUUCGUGGUUAUUGAUAAGGUGUGCUGACGUCCAACAUGUCGAGCCGCGCUCUACGUAGGCUAAAGGGCGAACAACGCGCUCAGGCCGUGUUACAAGAGCACAAUCUUAUUAAGGAAGAUGACAAAGAUGAAGAGGAGCAGAUGAAGAUUACCGAACAAACAACCCAUAAACAGAGGAACUUCAGCAGCUUAUUUGAACUGCCCCUUGCAAAGAUGGCCGAUUGCUAUUCUCAAAAUGCUGACUCUGAUGCGCAUGAAAGGCCUGAGUGCAAGUGCGACCCUGUUUUUGAUUGUCAAAUGAGGUCUAUUGUGGACGACAUGUUUAAACAGCAUUAUAGGGACCAUAUGGUCUUUCUUCUGGAGAAGAUCAUUAAUGAUGCUUGUGAUUCUAAUCAUGAUUGUACAGGAGAUGGCAAACGUGUGAAAAAUCUCAAGAGAGAAAUGGACAUUGUGAGAGGGGCCUUAAACUCAUGGGCCGAUACGAUGAAUCAAUUGACACACCUGUGUGUUCGUAGCAAUGAUGCUGUCUGUGCAACCAUUACAAAAAUUCUGGAGGUGCUGACUGGAUGGAGUGAUGAGAUGGGAGUAACGCAGGUUCUAUGCAUGUCUACAUAUAUAACAGAUAUUUGUGUGUCACUGCUUUCACAAAACAAAAUAGCAAAUAUUACUGAGAUUGUAGAAGUUAUGGCCAACCACAUUCUUGAACAUGACAGAAUGCUUUUAGAAGAAUUUCUUUGCUGGUUAGAUAUUCAGUAAUGUCGUUACAGUGUUCUGGUGUACCCUGUUUUUCUUC